ACCUCGUGAGCAGACUGGCACCUUUGGGUUCAGCUCUGAUGAGAUAGAGGGCAGCAAGUAAAUGAGUUUCCAAAACAAAUCAGUCGGAACAAAAUUUCUCUUAGUUUAUGUUGAAUCUUUCUGAACUUGCUCACGUAUACAUGAUGGUUGAUGCCAUUCCUCCAGAAGUUAAAGUGGGAUCACGAGUUUACUGUGAUGGACAUUAUUCAACUGUGUUGUAUAUUGGUGAGGUUCCACCAACAGAAGGUGUUUGGUUGGGGAUAGAAUGGGAUGAGCCAAGUCGUGGAAAGCAUGAUGGUACCCACAAUAAUAACAGAUAUUUCACCACAAGACACCCUAACUCCGGAUCAUUUGUUCGGCCAAAGAAGGUUGAAUUUGGCGUGACCUGUUUUGAGGCGAUUCAGGAAAGAUAUGGUGUAAUGGACGAUGUGCAUGCAGGGGUCAUCCAGGAGGAACUCUACGUAAAGGGGACUAGCAAGAAUACAGUUGUGGAAAUGGUUGGUGCUCAGAAAGUCAACUUGCAGCAAGGGCAACUCAACCUACUGAAGGAAGCUGGUAUACGUGGAUGCAAGGUUUAUGGUGCCGGACCAAGACAUAACCUGAGCAUGAAGACACCUAACCUGCGGGACUUGGACAUAUCCAAGACGUUGCUGCCCAGCUGGGAAGAGGUGGCCAGAAUCACUACCCAGUUAAAACAUCUGACCUCACUUAAUGUCAGUGAUAACCGAUUGCAGUUGCCUCGCAACCCAGACCUGCUGGCCAAGGCAUUCCAGAAGCUUAAGACUCUCUAUUUGAAUAGAAUGGAUUUGAACUUCUCCGAGGUUUUGGCGUGCUCCGAUCUUUGGCCCAAGCUUGAAACUCUUCACCUAUGUUACAAUAACAUUAACAAACUGUGUCCCUUGGAUGGAAAGCUUCAGAAUUUAGAAUUUCUAAAUUUGGAGGGAAACUCGUUGGAAAACUGGGAUGAACUUCUACAUUUUGGAAGACUGCCGAGGUUAGAGACCAUAAUUGCCAACAAUAUUGGGUUAAAGGGCAUCAGUUUUCCAAAUACUCCCUUGAACAAAAAGACAGGAUAUUUUCUGGCUCUGAGGGUGCUUUCGGUCAACAAUAAUCAGCUAUCACAGUGGUCAGAUAUCAAUGAAUUGAACAAGCUUUCACAACUCGAGGAAUUAAGAAUAAAACAUAAUCCUGUUGAAAAACUCCUUGAUCUGGAGACAACAAGAGAGUUCAUCAUUGCCAAAAUUGCCAAAUUAAAACUUCUGAAUAGGUCUGAUGUUUUUCCCAAGGAAAGGAAAGGAUCCGAGAUUGAUUAUCUGAAAAAGUUUGGUAAAGAAUGGUUGACCGCCGGUGGAAAUCAGGAUCCUGAGAAAAACAAACCGAAUCAACAGUUUCUACUUGACCAUCCACGAUAUCAAGAUAUCGUUGAUUUAUAUGGUGCGCCUGAAGAUUCAGAAAUGACAACACAGUCAAAAACACUCAAAGAUAACUUGAUAAUGGUGACCAUAGUAAGUCAACAGGCCCCGGACAAGAAACCCCUGGUCAAGAAACUCCCUAGUACAAUGACAGUCCAGAAGUUGAAAACGCUUGUGCAGAGACUAUUUAAGGCAGACAUGUCUUCCUUAUCAUUAUCAUACAUUAGCAAAAAGAUGGAGGGACCUACAAUUGAACUUGAGAAUGACCUUCGCCAACUAUCAUACUACUCGAUAGAAAAUGGUGACACAAUUCAAGUGAAGUGGUGACCAAAGUCCGUCGGCAUAAAUCAUCAACUACUGUUGAAAGAGCACUUACGUCAGGAUGUGAUUUUCAUAAAAGACUAUGUAGGAAUAUCCUUCUAAGUAGAACUGUAGCAUAUCUGUGAUAGCCAUUGUGUGGACUCUUGGCCAUUGUCGGGUUGGAUGGGUUUCAGUCGGCUUCAUUGUGCCUACAAGCUCUCCCAUUAGAAUCAUGCUCUGGUUCAAUUUCUCUUUAGGAAGACUUUAGGCAUGAGCCAGAAUGGAAAUCAACUCCUCUGUACUGAAAUCAAGAUUCGCGUGUAGAGUUCAACUUUCACCCCAAACCUUUGGCCAAAGCACCUCAGCUUUGGGCCUACAUUUUGCAGCCUACCAGUCUCAAUUUAAGUACAGAGACCUGCACUGUUAAUUCCGUAAAUCAAAUGCUUCCAUUACGUUCCACCAACUGUAUGUAACAUUGCACAUUUGACACAAUUCAAAAAGAGUAAAAGUUAACUACUUGCUCUACUUUACCAAGUUUUAUUGAGUAUAAUCAGAGAAAUUUACAGUAAUCAACUAAGCACUCAUCUGUCAGAAAUUCAUUGGCAUAUACUAUGAUUAUAAAAGUUUUUAGAAGUAUAGAAGUGUUAUUUACAAACAGUGUGACGUGAAGGUUGUGAGAACAUAAGACACUCAGGUGAAUUAUGAGGACUUACAUGUACAAUACCCAUUGUGCAACUGCUAGACUUCAAUCACUUGCAGUAAUUCCUCGUUUUAAUGUUACAAAGAAUACUUCUUGACGUGACCUAACAAAACUGCACUGUUGACCUUUAGAGCAAUUCAUCGACUAGUCCUGUGAAAUCAUCUUUAAUUUUUGAUUCCCUCGUACAGGCCGGGAAGUUUUCACAGGGGAAAUCCCAGGGUCUUGGUUGAUCAUUAAACUGGGAAAAAUACACUGAAUCUGUUUC